CACUUUCGACACGGUUUGACUUUGGCACACAUAAGCCAAAAACGAGCGGUUAUGUUUAAUCAUAAUUUAUAGUUUUCUUGUUUUGCUUUUAAACAAUUCAAACUCAACAACCACCAAGAGAAAGGCAUUUUGUCCAUUAUGUUGCCGAAACCGAAACCAAAAUAGACAUGAUCAAAGCAGUACCCAAUACCGUGCUAUACCUCUAAUUACUCGGAAGGGUCAUAUCAAGUGUCUAGGUCGUUGAAGGCUUCAUGCGGACGUUGCGUUCCGGAUACUUUAUAUUAUUGAGCCUAAAUCCAUCAAACGACACCUCUAACAACUUACAAUCCUAAAACUAGUUCAUUGGUGGCCACCUAUUGUUUAGCCACCAGAAAGUCAUAAAAAGAAAAGCGUUUAUUUUUAAAAAUAAUUUAGAUUAUUUAUUUGCAGACAUCUAUUUAAGAAGAAAAAAAUACUGUUUUUAACAUUGAUGAAUACCUUUCAUCCUAAUGCAGUCAAAUUUCUUCAACACGCGAAAAGGCAAUUUUUUAUAUAGGUCUUAAUUAAGAACGAUUUAGUAGAAAGCAAACUUCCUUUCAUCUUCAAUUGCGCCUGUGAAAGAUAGCUCACUCACCGAUUUCAAAGCAGUAUCAUUGUCAGUUUCAUACAACUGCUUAGCAAAGAAGUCACAUAAAAAAAUCCUGUUUUUACAAGUUCGUUGGAAAAGUGACGAUAAAGAGUUGCAGUUUUUAGUAGAAAAUCUAUAUUCACAAAAAUUUUGAAAUUGACAAUGGAAUUUAUGAGGAUGUAACAUAUCUCACUAUUUGAACAGUUCAUAACUUUGCGGCUUUGUUAAUUCUGGCUGGUGACCCUCUCAAUAGACACAAUUUUAUUUUAUUCCAUUCCCAAAGCUUUUCCUACAAAAAAAAAGAGAGUGAAAUAAUACACAAAACUAAAUAAUAUAAAAAUCACAUUUUAAGAUCAAUAAAACAAUUCAGGUCAUCAAUUAGAAAAGUGAAAAGGGAAUUAAUAAAGCUCAAGAAAUGGCAACGCAUGAUGAAAUUCGAAGUGUACUAAGCCUCUUGUUAGGAGCCAUUUUUUUCUACAGUUUUAUUGGGAAAAGCCUUCAAACUUGCAUUAAUGGAGGAAUAGUAUUGAAGUCCGGUCUGGAACCGUCCGAUAAGUAUGAUAUAUUAGAGGAGCACAACAAAUUGCGACAGGUCGUGGCGCAAGGACUCGUACCUGGACAACCAAGUGCAGAAUAUAUGCUGGAAAUGCAAUGGGACGACGAGUUGGCUUCCAAGGCACAGGAUUGGGCAAACCGUUGUAUGUUCAAGCAUGACCCGAAGAAACGGUUAGGUCGUUUUAUAAUGGGACAAAAUUUGGCCGCUAUUUGGAGUAGCGCCUCUUUGGACAAUGAUCAGGAUAGUGAUUUCCCUGGUCGUAUACGAAAAUGGUUCGAUGAGGUGAAGAAAUAUUCUUAUGGCGCUAGAUUCUCUUUGACCACCGGACACUACAUGCAGCUUGUGUGGGCCGAAAGUUUUCUUGUAGGAUGUGGUUACUCCUAUUACUAUUCUGCGAAUAAAUACAAUAAAUUAUAUGUCUGCAACUACGGGCCAGGCGGCAAUAUACAAGGUCAACAGCCUUAUCUUAUCGGACGACCAUCGUGCGAUCAACAUGGUUUGCAAAAAUCCCACAAAUAUCCGAGUCUUUGUAUGCCUCGUGGAAUGGAUCGGUAUCAUCAUGAUAAUACGAUCCCAGAAAAUUAUUAUUCCUAUCCAACUUUAUCCGAUAGUCAUGGCAACCAGCAUUUUACAGCAGCGUCUACUCCUAUGGUAGUGUACACAGCUGUCGCAAAUGGUUUGAGUCAUCUUUCACAUGACGGUCAUAUCCUGUACAAUCUAGUAUUUGAUCAGCACAAACAGCAGCAGUAUCAUUAUCAUCCAACUGGACAACAGACAACGCAACAGCCAACAUAUCACCACCUAUCAAAUCCAUUGGCACCAAUUGCAACUACCGCCACUGCAGCUCUUCUCAAGCCGACUGGCGAUGCACUUAAGUCACCCUUCCUAACAUACCGUUGGGAUUUGCUGUUCAAUUUUCUGCAUUGAAAGUUACGGUUAUACUAUUCGAGCUGAGACAUACAAAGAGCCUUUUCCCACCGAGGAUUGCUUCAGUGUUGCUGCUGAUGCUAAACCUUCUAUGCUAUGGACGCUUUGGAAAAAUGAAAACCGUACAACUUUCUGUAACCCACUAGUCUUAUAAACGGUAAGCUCCUUGCAGAAUACUUAGAGGUUGGUAGAGUAAUAUGCGCCCUAUAGUUUUCAAACGAACGACAUCAAAUAGUGAGACUCCCUACUACAUACAUCAAACCGUUUGUGCUUAAGAUCUGCACACCCUAACCCAAUGUACAGAACCCGGAGAUAAACAAACAGAACUGAGCAAAUACCAACAACGAGAUAGAACAAAAUACUGUCAAGUGCUAAACCUCAUACUUAUUGCAGUUUUGUGGCAGGAAGCAGUGACAGAGGAUUACCCCUUUUCCUUCAGUUUACCCAGCGAAAGGGCGACAACGGAAGCUGUUCCCUGUACACUAAGGUCUUUUUUACGCGGGUUGCUUUUCUCCAUUACUCUGUAGCGAUACAAGACAUCGAUCUCAUUCCAAUCACGUUUACCAUUUCAGGCCAGAAGUAAUCAUACCUAUAUCAGUUUUCAAAAAAAACUAAAUACUGAAAAUUCGGAAUGCUGCAUUUUGGACUUUGGGUUGACCAAUAUCAUAAUCAAACAAGGUUCAAAUAUUUUAGAACGGUUUUCUUCGUUAUAUUGUCAACUCUAAAUAAAAUUCUAUUUUCACGCGGUCCCAUACAAAUUUGGAACGUAUCCCGCGCGCAAAAAAAGACCUUAGUGUAUAUCAACUACGCCAGGAUCCGAAACGUACCACUCCACAGGCAGCAAUGGCUUAUUUUUCUUUCUAAAACUAGAGGAAAUGACGGAAACAAUAAUUAGACCGGGAACAUGGAACAUACUAACUUGCUUGUUGCCAAUUCAGUAAGCUGCGAUAGUUGCAGUAAGAAUCGUACAGUUGGAGUAUAAUCCCAAAUCUAGCAUAGUGCAAUAGGCAAACAUAAAACCCCACAGCUGCAUCACAAUGUACCCGUUUCUAGAAUUACUAAAGCAAAUCUCCAUCCGAAAGAGUGGCGAGACAGUCCGGGUUUUUUUUUCCUCAUACCCACUAUACUCAAUAUUUAAAUUUAUAAAUUGUAGGAGUCUUUCAAAUAUAGUCUACAAUCGUUUGCGUAACUAGUUGUUUUAUUCUAUUCAUACUCAAGUUUUGCGUGCUUAGCAUUAGUGCUUGUAAUUAUUUAUUUUCUCUUUUUUUGUUCGAGUAUAUGUAGUUAUAAAGAUUAAAAAUUAAAGAACUGAAAAUCUUGGCACGUUUUCACUUCACAAUUGAAUAGUCAAUGCAUUAUCAUCUGCAGGCGCAGGAAAACUAAAUAUUAAUUUUAUCUGAUAAAUGUUUAUUCGACGAUUUUCAUUAACCAU